AUGUGUAUGAUUCUUAUUCAACGAAGCAAACCUACAAAACCGACACUUUCAUUCUUAAUUCCGUUUCCCUACUAUACUUCAUAUCCUUAUUCAUAUUCUACAUUUUCUUAUAAAAAAUUACCUGAAUGGUCUAUUCCUCUUUUUGAUUUUUUAAUACCUCAAUCAAAUCCUUUUAUCAAAGCAAAUAAUGAAUUUUAUAAAACUUGGAAUGGAAAAGCUUUAAUUAAUUUUAAAUGGAGAGUAUAUGGAAAAUAUUAUUAUAUAACAAUUUGGUUAAUAUAUACUAUUUUUCUUUAUAGCUUUAUAGUAGCUUCAAGUGAAGAUGAAGAGACUAGAAAUUACUUCUUAUUAAUGUCCAUAUUUUUGGGCUGUUUUCAUCUUUUAUUUGAAUUUCGUCAAUUUAUCUGGAAUCCUUAUAGAUGGUUACUAAAUUUUUGGAAUUUUAUUGACUUAGGUGCCUAUUUAUUACCUACUGUUACAUCAAUUAUUUGGUACAAAAAUGGAGUGAUUAAUCCUUCCUUAUAUUCAAUUUCAUGUCUUAUACUUGAAAUGAAAUUUAUACUUUUUCUCCGAGCAUUUGAACCAUUUGGGGUUUAUUUUGCUAUAAUACUUGGACCCACUUCUUAUUUUUCUGAGGAUAAUUUAGGUAAUUUAACAGAACCAAAUAAUCCUUGGAGUCUAACAGAUAAAUAUUAUCAAGUUGAUAGGGAUGGGAAUAUUAACAAAAAUAUGACCAUAUACAAAGUUCCCGAUAAUUAUACCAAUUUAUUUUCAAAUUAUGCUAAUUCUCUUUUAGCAAUGAGUAUUUUCCUAACAGGAGAUGGAAGUAUAUUUAAUAAAUGGUCGCCGAAAGAUAAUAUAAUAAUGAUUAUUUUAAUGCUUCUAUAUUCAUUUAUUAUUGUCAUAUUUCUCAUGAACUUGUUGAUUGGAUUAUUAAAUAUGGCAAUUGAAGCAGAUAAUGAUCGGCUAAAUUAUAUAGCACAAAAAGCAGAGAUUCUUAAAGAAAUUGAAUUAUUCUAUUUUCUUCCGAAUCAAAAACGACGGUGGAAAUCAUGGUUUCCAGAAACAAUUUAUUACUAUGCUGAAGUUAAUGAAGUAAAGAAAUUUAUGGAUAAAGAAACUAUAGACUCUGAAACAAAAAAAAAAUUGUUAAAUAUAAUUAGAAUAUAA